UGUGAUGUUUUGACACUGCCAAAACAGAUGGAGUGAUACCAGCAGAGAGGAAGACGUAUGACAGGGAAUCUAAACGGACAAAGCUACUUGACAUCAUGAAUGCCACCCAACACCAUGGACUGAUCCAAAGCUACCACAACAGGAGCCAAAGCUCAGGCACUUUCCCUAUUAACAAAGACCUAUCAGGAGAGGAGAAGGACUCGACUACGGGAUGCUACGAGCAGCUGCUGAUUUCCACCGAGGUUUUCCUCACCCUCGGCAUCGUCAGCCUGCUGGAGAACAUCCUGGUUGUCGCCGCCAUCAUCAAAAACAAGAACCUUCACUCGCCCAUGUACUUCUUCAUCUGCAGCCUCGCCGUGGCUGACAUGUUGGUCAGUGUCUCCAACGCCUCAGAGACGAUUGUCAUAGCUCUGAUCAACGGAGGCAACCUGACCAUCCCCAUGACGCUGAUAAAGAGCAUGGACAACGUGUUUGACUCCAUGAUCUGCAGCUCUCUGUUGGCGUCCAUCUGCAGCUUGUUGGCCAUAGCUGUCGACCGCUACAUCACCAUCUUCUACGCCCUGCGAUACCACAACAUCGUCACCCUGCGGCGGGCGAUGCUGGUCAUCUCCAGCAUCUGGACGUGCUGCACGGUGUCCGGCGUCCUCUUCAUCAUCUACUCGGAAAGCACCACGGUGCUCAUCUGCCUCAUCACCAUGUUCUUCACCAUGCUGGUGCUCAUGGCCUCGCUCUACGUGCACAUGUUCCUGCUGGCGCGCCUGCACAUGAAGCGGAUCGCCGCGCUGCCGGGCAACGCGCCCAUCCAGCAGCGAGCCAACAUGAAAGGCGCCAUCACGCUCACCAUACUCCUCGGGGUUUUUGUCGUGUGCUGGGCGCCCUUCUUCCUCCACCUCAUCCUCAUUAUCACCUGCCCCAGGAAUCCCUACUGCACCUGCUUCAUGUCUCACUUCAACAUGUACCUCAUCCUCAUCAUGUGCAACUCCGUCAUCGACCCCAUCAUCUACGCCUUUCGCAGCCAAGAGAUGAGAAAGACCUUCAAAGAGAUUUUCUACUGCUACAGCCUGUCCAGCCCGUGUGUGUGUGAGCUGCCUGUGAAGUAUUAG